UCCUCACCCCUUUUUUAUUCGCCUUAUUGCCAACACCCUUCAAUGGAUAUGAGCUGAAAAGGCUUCGCCGGAACGGCAAAACUCCUUGAUUGAUUUACGCCUCUUUCACGUUGAGAUCACAAGACCGGCAAAUUAAUGUUGCAUCGGACAAAGGAGUACAAAUCAACUCAGCACAAUUCACUCAACUUUGAUUGGAUCUUGAUGCAAGCACAACGGCUGCUGGCAUCAAGAAGCUAUUAAAGACUCACGAUAGGGAGAUCCUCUUCCCCUUUGACAUUCAUUACCACGAAAAAUAAUCAGAAUGUCAGAUAGUGGAAAGGUCGUAGACCUUGCUGAGGAACGGCAAGCUCACGCUAACGACAAACUUACAUCACAAAUCGCAUCAAUCUUCCAGGAAAAUAUAGCCAAACAGCAAAAGCAGAAGGAGCUUAAUGAUGGAGAGGCUUUGAAGGAUGGUGAUGCAUACUUCUUUGAUGAAGAAGGUGUACUAUGUAUGCGGGCUGGCAACUUUCUUGCUCUUAUAGAACAGUACGAAUUAAUGGAAGGUCAAACGAUAUUGGAUGAUUCUGGAAAGGCAGAUUUGACAAGUCUUUCAAAUGCCAAUCCCGAACAUCCUGUGCAUCCAGAGCAUGUAGUCGAACUGAUCAGGCAGAUGACAUCCAAUCCAAAAUUUGCAAACGAAGCAGAAGCGCAACACACAAAUGGCCCAUCGGAUGGAGAAUCUGAUAGUAGUUCAGAAGGCGGAAUCAUAGAAGAUUCGUGUAUACAGCCGGCACCAUGGGAGAGAUCCGGCAAAAGCUCUGACCCCGUUGAUGGUGAUCACACAAUAAGUCGCAGGGAUGAGUCAGUAUUAAAUCCAGAAGAAAUUCGACGCAGGACACCGCGAAAGUCCAAAAGUAGAACUAGAAAAGGCUCAACUGGACCGACUGGUAACGAUUCAAGCAUGAUAUCAAACAGCUCUUUCCGAAAGCCUCUACCUCCUGCUGUUGCUCUACGUAAGAAAAUGCGUCGAUUGAGUGAAGCUGAAGCAAAUGCCAGCUAUGGAGUCGGAUACGAAGAUGAAGAAGGCCAGAGCACGGAUUCAGUACAAAUAUCAAAUAUGCCAGAUUCGCCUCCCGCUUAUAUUGGUGAAUCGUUACCCAGAAGUAUAUCAUACCCCAACACAAGCACACCUGGCGGACGUUCAAUGCGCAACGCAGACCUCAAAAAUCGAAUUGCAGAAAAAGAAUUUCGGAUGGGCUUAUCAAACGAUUCAUUUGAGGACUCAUUUGUUUCACCGCUUGGUGUUGCAUCAAAAGCACUCAUGAGCCCUUCUUUCUCAGAACAUUCAUUCAAUUCACUAGCUCUAAAGUCUCCGACAUACGGUGCCACCACACGUGGAAAUGAGCUCAAUUGGCAGAGUCCGCGUGAUACUGAUGUUGGAGAUUCUACAUCAGCCAACGACGAAGAGCGCAUUGCCGCCUUAGAAGCUGAAGUAGAGAACUUGAAGAGAACGAUCAACGAAAAGAAGCGGACGAUCGAGAAUCUACAAAGAGAUAUUGACGAGACCACAUCCCGAUUGCAAAAGGAAGUGGACGACUUGCAGUCGGACCUUAGUCUUAAGCGCAAAGAAGACGCAUUGAACAAGGUUCGUGAGAAUGGCCACCUCGCCACUAUUGGAGACUUGGAAGCUGAACUUACGAAAGAGUCAAAAGAGUUGGAAGAAUUGCGCACCCAGCAUGCCAAGCUACGCACUGACAAUGAUCAACUUGCGUCUACGUUGGAGACCGAAUCGACCAAUGGCCAUGAGCAAAGAUCAACGAUCAAGCAUUUGACUGCUGAUAAAACGGCAUUCAUUGCUAAGGAGAAGCAAUGGGAAUUGCAACGUCAAGAGAUGCAAGAACAAGUUGGACAAUUGCAGAGCGAGAUCAUAAGCUUGCAGAAAGAACUUGAAGAUCGCGAGUCCGACAAGCGAACGAUUGAAUAUCUCCAAAAUAAUGUUGAUCAAUUGACGGCUGAAUUGAAUGAUGUACGCAAUCAAGGUAGCAACUUCUUGAAUACUUCAGCACCAAAUUCACGUCAAAAUACCCUAGGAAGAAGCCUAAAUCAAGAUCUGGCAAAGCAAAUCCGACAAGAGCGAGAAGAGCAAGCAAUAAGGGCGGCAGCGAAAGCAAGGGCUGCCGCCGCUGCAGCAUCUGCUCCUGCAUCUACAUUGGAUGAACAUUUAGGUGAUCCUGCAGAUACUUCAUUGGUUGAGCCAGAUACGAGCGUUGAUUCGGAAACUGGCAAGAUUAUGUUGGCAUUGCAAAAAGGCGAAAUCAGUCUUAGUGAUCAUCUUGAAGUUCCACCAGUAGAUGGUUUGCCACAAACAGAGACGGAACCGAUCUUCGGUGAUGGAUUACCGCGAGCAGAAAGGGAGUCAGUAUUUGGCGAUAGCUUACCGCAAUUGGAAAGGAAACCAGUCCAUGGAGAUGAAUCUGGAACCGUUGUUGAGGUGGGAGAAAGCAGCUUGCAAAAGAAUGAAGAGCCAGGCACGCUUCCGACAUACGAUGAAGCGGAAGUGACGAAAGCUGUGAUGGAACGCAUGCACCCACGCUGGAAUGCCAACUCAAGGCACGAAUUGCAAUUCGAAUUAAAGGGAAAAGCAGCAAAAGCGUAUCUGCAUUUUGCUCAAAAUGUGGGAACCCGUUGUCGAGAGAUAGAAGAGAGACUUGAAAAUUUCACCGAGCCAGAGCCGGAGCCUGAACCAGAGCCAGAAGUCGAAAAAGUAAGGGUUGAGAAGGGGCAUCUUUCCGACCACCUGACAAAACUUGUUGACGCUUUCGCAGAAGGCUUCCGUUCUUCCAAUCUUUCAGGUUGGCUACUGGUUGGCAUAAUUUUGAGCUGGGCUACUCUGGUGAUACUAUUAAAGAUGAAGUACGAAUUACGCAAUAAGGCAAUUGAAGAGGCGGAUUCAUGGCGUAUAAGCAACACAUUGCAAGUUCCUUGGUCUAUUGCUGGUAACUUUGAGCCUCCUCCAUUUGACAAAGUGCCAUUUUCCCUUUCUUGGUCAGAACGCAUUUUUGGGAAACAACUUACUCCACAAGUUCCGAUUUGAUUGUUUGUUGUACUUGUGUUACCUCCUUAUACUGUACAAAAACUUGUACUAUACUACUACUGCUAUACCUACUACUAUCUUUUUAAAUUGUACAACAUUCAAUGCAUUAAGAGUACAGAUGAAAUAAACA